UAUCGAUACCCAUUUCUCGAUUUUUUCACUGUAACACGUGUGCGGUGGUCAAAACGGUAAAAGGCAAAAAGCAGCAGCAUUUUUGCAGCUGCUGUUGGUGUGUGUGUGUUCGGUGUGUUCCUGUUCCGUUGUAAAGCAGCAGCCCGUCGUCUAGCAGCAGCAGCCCCCCAGAAGCCCGGACCAGCAUUAACAGCCCAACAAAUGCAAAUUGGCUUUGAUUCUUGUGCGUGACACGUUUAGUUUUUAUUUUUCUAUCAAUAAAUUUAAAGGCAUACCAACUACACAUACACAAACAUAUUUGAAUUUGGGAACUUAAUAGUAUUGUAAACAUAACCUUAAAAAAAAAGAAAAAAGAAAAGAGAAGCAAAAUGCCAUCGGACGCUAAGAAACGGGAUGCGCAACGCAAGAAGGAUGCGCGGAACAAGAAGAUCCAACAAAUACCAUCCACAAAAAAAGCAAAUGGCACCGCUAACGGCUUGGAUCGUGAAAUGACGGAGGAAGAGAAAUUGUGCGCAAAGCUCGAGGAGGAGGCUAGAAUCAGUGCCGAGGCAAGAUCCUGCACUGGUUCUCUGGCCGUGCAUCCAAGAUCGCGUGAUGUAAAGAUCGCCAACUUUUCGAUAACGUUCUUUGGCUCCGAACUCCUGCAGGACACGAUGCUGGAGCUGAAUUGUGGUCGUCGCUAUGGUCUAAUCGGUUUGAACGGCUGCGGCAAAUCAUCGCUGCUCGCUGUCCUUGGCGGACGUGAGGUGCCCAUACCGCCUCAUAUUGAUAUAUUCCAUCUGACCCGUGAGAUACCAGCCAGUACGAAGAGUGCACUGCAGUGCGUCAUGGAGGUGGACGAGGAGCGUAUCAAGCUAGAAAAACUUGCUGAGGAGCUCGCCAUGAGCGAUGAGGAUGAUGCCCAAGAGCAGCUAAUCGAUAUCUACGAACGUCUCGAUGAUAUGUCUGCAGAUCAGGCCGAGGCCAAGGCGGCACGCAUCCUCCAUGGUCUUGGAUUCGAUAAGGCCAUGCAACAUAAGCAAGCGAAGGAUUUCUCCGGUGGUUGGCGUAUGCGAAUUGCAUUGGCUCGCGCUCUAUUUGUUAAGCCGCAUCUGCUGCUGCUGGACGAGCCGACAAAUCAUUUGGAUUUGGAUGCGUGCGUGUGGUUGGAGGAGGAGCUGAAGACAUAUAAGCGCAUCCUGGUGCUCAUUUCACACUCGCAGGACUUUCUCAAUGGCGUUUGCACGAACAUCAUUCAUUUGACCAGCAAACGUCUGAAAUAUUAUACGGGCAACUAUGAGGCUUUUGUGCGGACACGAAUGGAACUGCUGGAGAAUCAGAUGAAGCAAUAUAAUUGGGAACAGGAUCAGAUAGCGAACAUGAAGAACUAUAUAGCACGCUUUGGUCACGGUUCGGCCAAAUUGGCCAGACAAGCGCAGUCCAAGGAGAAGACAUUGGCCAAAAUGGUUGCCCAAGGUUUAACCGAAAAGGUAACCGAUGACAAGGUGCUCAAUUUCUAUUUCCCAUCAUGUGGCAAGGUGCCGCCACCUGUGAUCAUGGUGCAGAAUGUUAACUUCCGGUACAACGACGAAACGCCUUGGAUCUAUAAGAACCUUGAAUUUGGCAUCGACCUGGAUACACGUCUCGCUUUGGUCGGCCCUAACGGGGCUGGCAAGUCGACGCUGCUAAAACUGCUUUACGGCGAUCUGGUCCCCACAUCUGGCAUGAUACGUAAAAAUUCACAUUUACGCAUUGCACGCUAUCAUCAGCAUCUGCACGAGCUGCUAGAUCUGGAUGCCAGUCCCUUGGAGUAUAUGAUGCGCGCCUUUCCCGAUGUCAAAGAGAAGGAGGAGAUGCGGAAGAUAAUUGGACGGUAUGGCUUAACUGGCCGCCAGCAAGUGUGCCCUAUACGUCAGCUGUCGGACGGACAACGUUGUCGCGUUGUUUUCGCCUGGCUGGCCUGGCAGGUGCCCCAUUUGCUGCUACUUGACGAACCUACAAAUCAUUUGGAUAUGGAAACAAUCGAUGCUCUGGCAGAUGCUAUUAAUGAUUUUGAUGGUGGCAUGGUGUUAGUUAGUCACGAUUUCCGUCUGAUUAAUCAGGUCGCUGAGGAGAUUUGGGUUUGUGAGAAGGAGACGGUGACCAAAUGGAAGGGCGGCAUUUUGGACUACAAGGAUCACUUGAAGAACAAGAUUACCUCCGAGCAUGAGAAGAAGGCCAAGGCGGCUAAUAAAUAGUUAGCUACACACACAGCCCACAACACACACACAUACACAGUCACUCACACUCAAAAAUACGGUUAAAAACUCUUCUAAAAAAAGUUUCUCGCUCUCGCAGCUGCUGCGCCUCUCGCUCUGUCUUUCAUAAAUUGUGUGCGAAAUUAGUUUUUGACUUUACACAGGACCUUAACUACACACACGGCACACACAUAAUACACAAUACAACACAAAUUUAUAGGUGAAUUUUUUUCCGUUUUUUUUUUCUGUUUCAAUUUAAAUUUAAAUAAAAUGUGAGUCAAAAAGAAAGAAAA